AUGACCACUUCCCUGCAAGAUGGGCAAAGCACCCGGGGGAGAGCGGCUGCCCGGGGCUUGGGGCUGGCCCAGGUGUGCGGCGCUGCCCAGGGGAGGGGCGACGCCAGCGCCCUGGCAGCGCGCCCCCCGGGGCUGCCCUAUAGCACACGGGAAGGCGCCCAUUUCUGUUCUGCAGACAGGAGAAAAAAGAAAGAUCUCAAUGUUCUAGAAAUGCCAUCUAUUCCAAAUCCUUUCCCUGAGCUUUGUUGUUCUCCAUUUGCAUCUGUGUUUUCAGCAAGCUUAUUUCCCAAAGCAAAUUCAAGGAAAAAACAGGUAAUUAAAGUAUACAAUGAGGAUGGCACCAGCAGAGCAUUGGAAGUCCCAAGUGAUACAACAGCAAGAGAUGUUUGCCAGUUGUUAAUCCUCAAGAAUCAUUACAUCAAUGACAACAGCUGGACUCUUAUUGAACACCUUCCUCAUAUAGGUUUAGAGAGAACAAUAGAAGACCAUGAAUUGGUGAUUGAAGUACAGUCAAACUGGGGAAUGGAAGAAGAAAAUAAGCUAUACUUUAGAAAAAAUUAUGCCAAAUAUGAAUUCUUUAAAAAUCCAAUGAAUUUUUUCCCGGAGCAGAUGGUGUCUUUUGCAACUGAAACCAAUGGAGAACUCUCUCAAGCUCCUGUUUUACAGAAUUUUCUGAGUUCUAGCACAUAUCCGGAAAUACAUGGUUUCUUACAUGCAAAAGAGCAGGGGAAAAAGUCCUGGAAGAAGAUUUAUUUUAUUCUAAGAAGAUCAGGUUUAUAUUAUUCAACUAAAGGGACAUCAAAGGAACCACGGCAUUUACAGUUUUUCAGUGAAUUUGGCAGUAGUGAUAUUUAUGUGUCAUUGGCAGGCAAAAAGACCCAUGGAGCCCCAGCAAACUAUGGAUUCUGUUUAAAGCCUAACAAAGCAGGAGGGAGCCGAGACCUGAAACUGCUCUAUGCAGAUGAAGAGCAGAGUAGGACGUGCUGGGUGACAGCGAUUAGAUUGCUUAAGUAUGGGAUGCAGCUGUACCAGAAUUAUAUGCAUCCAUGUCCAGGGAGAAGUGGUUGCAGCUCUCAGAAUAUGUCACCUAUUAGAAGCAUCUCAGAGAAUUCCCUUGUUGCAAUGGACUUCUCAGGCCAUAAAAGCAGAGUUAUAGAAAAUCCCACUGAAGCCCUUUCAGUUGCUGUUGAAGAAGGAUUAGCAUGGAGGAAAAAAGGAUGUUUACGACUGAAUACCCAUGGUAGUCCCACUGCUCCUCAAAAUUCUUCAACAAACCUAGCUCUUCAUAGGGCACAGCCAUGGUUUCAUCACAGAAUUUCCAGAGAUGAAGCUCAGCGCCUCAUCAUUCAGCAAGGACUUGUAGAUGGAGUUUUCUUGGUACGGGACAGCCAAAGCAACCCCAAAACCUUUGUACUUUCACUGAGCCAUGGCCGAAAGAUAAAGCAUUUUCAAAUUAUACCACUAGAAGAUGAUGGUGAAAUGUUUCAUACACUGGAUGAUGGUCACACAAGAUUUACUGAUCUCAUACAAUUAGUGGAGUUCUACCAGCUCAAUAAGGGUGUGCUUCCUUGCAAGUUAAAACAUUAUUGUUCUCGGAUUGCUCUUUAG